UAGCCCUAAUAUGACAGUGACACGGAUAAUGUAAUGAAAUGACACUGACAGUUCCAGCCAGCCACCUUUAAUACGGGCCGGCUUGCAGCUUGCUUGGUGCAGCAUUUAUUAUCUGUUGGUGUUUUUACUAAAUGUUAUAAUAAUUAAUAACAACUUCUUGUCACUUUGAAUUGUAUUGUAACUCAUAAUGGCGAUCACUUUAAAUGAAGAUAGCAUUGUCUACCUUAUAUUGCUAUUCUCUUGGGCGGAAUACUUAUGGGAGCAGUAUCUCUCUUUACGUCAGUUAAAGAUUUACAAGACAAACAACACUAUUCCAGAUGACUUAAAGGAUAUGCUUAAUGAAGAAUCAUUCAAGAAAGCAAGACUGUAUGGAAUCGAUAAGUCACAAUUUAAAAUUGCCAAAGAGCUGUAUAGCAUAGUAUUAACAACUAUAAUCCUUUAUAACAAAUGGAUAUAUUCUGCAUGGCAGAAGUCAGAAAACAUUGCAUUAAUUUUUAAUAUCUCACCAGACAGAGAAAUACUUGUAAGUUGUGUUUUUAUGACAUUUGUCACUAUAUUCAACUUUUUUGUAAAUAUGCCAUUUACAAUUUAUGGCAUUUUUGUACUAGAGGAAAAACAUGGUUUUAAUAAACAAACUGUAGGUUUUUUUGUUAAAGAUCAAAUGAAAUCCUUGUUGCUAAGCCUAGUUAUCACUUUGCCAAUAAUAUCAGUUGCAAUCUAUAUAAUAAUGCUUGGAGGUAAAAUGUUUGUCAUGUGGUUGUGGUUAUUUACCACUGUUGCAACAUUAUUCUUGUUGACAAUUUACCCAUCUGUGAUUGCACCAUUGUUUGACAAAUUUGUUCCUCUGCCUGAUGGUAGCCUCAGGAAAGGUAUUGAAAGUUUGGCUUCUAAACUUAAUUUUCCACUUUCUCAAAUCUAUAUUGUAGAAGGUUCAAAGAGAUCAGCUCAUAGUAAUGCAUACUUUAGUGGAUUGUUUGGAGCCAAGAGAAUUGUCUUAUUUGAUACUUUGUUAGAGAAAUAUGAUGAAGAGAAAAAGACAACAACUGGAUGUUUAGAUGAUGAAAUAUUAGGUAUCUUGGCUCAUGAGCUUGGACACUGGAGUUGUAGUCACAUUUACAAAUCGAUUGUCCUAACUGAAGUGAACCUCUUAUUGCUGUUUACAGCAUUUGGUCUUCUAUUUAAAUAUUCUACAUUGUAUACAGCACUGGGUUUCCCUGUUGGACAGGAACCUAUCAUCAUUGGACUGAUUGUGGUAUUGCAAAUGAUUCUUGCUCCAUACAAUUCUAUACUUUCAUACUUUGCUACAGCACUCUCUAGGAAAUAUGAGUUUGAAGCAGACAACUUUGCAGUUUCAUUAAAUUAUCCCAAUGAACUGAGGUCAGCUCUCAUUAAGCUUGGGAAAGAUAACUUGGAUUAUCCAAUUUAUGAUAAACUCUAUUCUGCCUGGUAUCAUUCACAUCCCACAUUGUUACACAGGAUUGAAAACAUUAGACAUAAAGUUACAAAUAAGGAUAAAAUUCAUUAAUUUCAAUGCAUCAUUGAAAAUAAUGAUUUAAUCAAUUUCCAUAGAUAAAGCAUUUUUUUAAGUACAACUCAAAGUAAAUAGAUUUUGUUUUUAAAUCAUUUUAUCAAGUCUCAAAUGUUGUUUUACUUUUUAUUCUGUUGUGUUGAAAAAAAUAUUCUUUUUAUCAUUGCUGUAAGAAUUUAUUUUUGUGUUCGUAUUUUUUUAUUUUCUUUUGUGGUUCCUUAACAUUUUGUCUUGGAUAGCAAAUCAAUUUUAUUUUUAAAGCUGAUAUAUGAUGUGUAUGAUUUCAAUGUCUGGUGUGUAUAGUUUCCCUUAGGUUAGGGAGACAUCAGGACUUAGGUACAUUUAAAAUUGUAUAAUAGGUACCUUCCCAUACCUGUCCGGGGAAACAAUAGUCCGAAAUCAUGAUUUCACAUUCUUCCAUAAUUAAAAAAAAAUUGUGAUCAAACUUUUAAAAACUGUACUUAUAUGAAUGCAAAUAAUAAAUUCACAGUUUGGAAUAUUAUGUUUACAUCAUUUAUUAUCCCUAUUAUAAAUAAUAAAUUCUAUAUUAUGGUAAGUUUCAAGUAAAGUAAAAGAUAUUCUCUCUAGGAAAGAAUAUAGAUCAAACAUUUUGUUUUACAAAUGUAUGAGCUACCUACUACUAGCUUUACGUUGUUCAGGGAUUCUGAAAGGAAAUAGAAUGAAAUUUUAAUAACAGCACUAGUUCAGGACAAAACAUUUACAAUAAAAAUUAAAUUAGUGGAUGAAAAGUUCACAAUCCCCUAUUGAUGGGGCCAGUCAAAGGGGAUUAGUGGAAUAACCCAAAUCAAGUAAGAAUAACCUAUUUCCAUUUGAUGUUAGAUUGUAUAAUAAAAACUGAUGCUAAUAACAUUGAUUUCCAUGUAAUAGAAAUGUGGUAUUUUCAAUAAUAGUUUGGGAAAGGUUUGUUUGUAUUGUCAGGGGCAUAUUUAUCCUAGGGCCAAGAGGACCAUAGCCCGGGGUGGCUGCAACAAGCUGCAGGGGCGGCAGAAGCAAUAUAAAGGCAUAGGGCAAGCAGACUAAUUCAGCGCUGCCACUAGUUGGUGGGAUCAGGGGUAAUAGCCCAAAGCCGCCACUGGUACUAUGUAACAGAACAACACAGGGCAACCUGCUAAUAGUCUUCCAAUGGUUGUCGAAAAUUCAGCAGAAUCUCGUCAAGCUUCUACAGCUGACAGCCAUGACUCUAAUGAAAUCAAUUAUGAGAGAGAGAUUGAACUGCAAGAUGUUGUUAAAGAAGGCCAUGAGAAAGCAGAUCCGUCACAGUUUGAAUUGCUCAAAGUUCUUGGUGAAGGUUCAUUUGGCAAAGUGUUUUUAGUUAGAAAGGUCUCAGGUGCUGAUGCUGGCACACUCUAUGCAAUGAAGGUAUUGAAGAAAGCCACAUUAAAAGUAAGAGAUAGAGAAAGGACAAAAAUGGAAAGAAACAUAUUAGUUGAAAUGGGACACCCAUUUAUUGUUAAACUGCAUUAUGCUUUUCAAACAGCUGGGAAACUUUAUUUAAUACUAGAUUUUUUACGUGGUGGAGACUUAUUUUCCAGAUUAAGUAAAGAGGUGAUGUUUACUGAAGAAGAUGUUAAAUUCUAUUUAGCAGAACUAGCUUUGGCUCUGGAACAUGUGCACAAAUUGGGAAUAAUAUACAGGGAUCUCAAACCAGAAAAUAUAUUGUUAGAUGCUGAUGGACAUAUAGCCCUUACUGAUUUUGGUUUGUCGAAAUUACCACCAAGUAGUGAUAAAGCUUACAGUUUCUGUGGCACUGUGGAGUAUAUGGCACCUGAAGUGGUCAACAGAAGAGGUCACACAUUUGCUGCUGACUGGUGGUCUUUUGGUGUGCUUAUGUUUGAAAUGCUUACUGGAAACUUACCUUUCCAUGGGUCGACAAGACAUGAAACUAUGACGCAAAUACUAAAGGCCAAACUAGGCAUGCCUUCUAAUCUUAGUGAAGAGGCACAGUCUUUACUAAGAGCUUUAUUUAAAAGAAAUCCUCAGAACAGGCUGGGUGCUAGUCAUAAUGGUAUUGAAGAUAUAAAAAAUCAUGAAUUCUUUGCAAACAUAGAUUGGGAUGCAUUGCUCAGAAAAGAGGUAGUGCCACCGUUUCGCCCAGCUGUUUCGAGGGCUGAUGAUGCGUUUUACUUUGACUCGGAGUUUACUUGCCGUACACCAAGGGAUUCUCCUGGUGUACCGGCUUCUGCUAAUGCACACGAAUUAUUCAGGGGUUUCAGCUUUGUCGCUCCCUGUUUACUUACGGAAGAAAAUAACAAAACUGUAACCAACCAAAAUCAGAAUCACAUAGCGCAGAACAACAAAACAUCAACUGAGGAGUUUUGGUCGGGUUUCGUAAAUAGAAACAAUUUCUUUGAUGAAUACAGGUUGAUGGGAGAGUUGGGUACUGGAUCAUUUUCAGUAGUCCGUCUUUGCGAACAUAAAACAUCUAGGGUACAAUAUGCAGUCAAAAUCAUGGAUAAGUUACAGUAUGAUCCACGGGAAGAAAUUGAAAUUCUAUUGAGGUACAGUCAACACCCUCACAUAAUAACAUUACGCGGCGUAUACGAAGAAGGCGGGCGUAUACUGGCCGUUACUGAACUAUGUCGCGGUGGGGAAUUACUGGAACAUAUCACGCAACGUCGAUACUUGCCGGAACACGAGGCCGCUCCCAUACUGAGGAAUGUACUUCAGGCUGUGCACUACUUGCACAGGCACACCGUGGUUCACAGGGACAUAAAGCCAUCCAACAUUCUGUUCGCGACGUCCGAGAAGAGGCCUGAAGACAUUCGCCUUGUGGACUUCGGACUCGCGAAACAACUGCGGGCCGAGAACGGCUUAUUGAUGACGCCUUGUUACACCGCCAACUUCGUAGCGCCCGAAGUAUUGAAACGUGCCGGAUAUGACGCCGCAUGUGAUAUAUGGAGUUUAGGUGUUUUAGCAUACAUUAUGCUCUCGGGUCGAACACCGUUCGCAUCAACAGGAGACGAUACUCCUGAAGCAAUUUUAGCGAGAAUCGAGUCUGGGAAAGUAGAAUUGUCCAGUGGCGUGUGGCGCGGCGUUUCCGCGGAAGCACGCGGCUGUAUCCGCCGGAUGCUGCAGUUAGAGCCUUCACUGCGGCCCCGCGCGGCCGAUCUACUGCGAGAGCCGUGGUUACAGCCCGGGCAGACGGCCAGCCUCGCGUGCGUGGAGCCGCUCGCCGACACGGACGCGCCGCCGCCCGCGGCCGACCUGCGGCGAGCCGUCGACCUCACCUUCCAGGCUAUGACUGCUUCCCCGUUGACACCUCAAAUACUCGGUCCAGUGUCACAGUCGACGCUGGCACAACGUCGCAGCAAACCGCAGCGUCGCUUCCCACCAACGCAGCUUUAAUUGAUUCCCACCGGCUAUAAAGAACAGUCCAACGACUUUGAGAGAAACCGUUGAACUUCCAGCUAAAACGCAGCGCGGUAAGUGAACUCGAAAACGGAAACGGAGAUACUGUUUUAAGAGUCAGUCAGAAACAAUACUCGAUCACGAUUUUUAUACCGUAGUAGGUAUCGACAAAUAUAUGUGUAAAUCGAAAUAGCAUUUAUGCUACUUUAAAAAAGAAUAUUACGACGCGCUUGACUUGUUUCCAGAAAUUCGACUGGUUGAAUCAAUUAUAAUUAUGAAAGUUGUUAUUAUACUUAAUCGAGUAGAAUUUUGCAUUUUAUGAACGAAUAUAUUCAUAUGUAUUUGUAAAACAUUCCACUGUCUUGUUUUUUAGUUCAUAUCGUAGACAUUUUGCAUGUAAGAAGAGUAUAGAAUUAUUUAUAUACAUCAAAUUUGUCUUCCUUCAAAAAUGUAUAGUUUAAGCGAUAUACACUACAUUUCUAAAAACAUUACUUUGCUACCCACCUUGUUUACUUUUUAGUCUUAUUUGUGCCAUUAGAUAAUAAAAACGUACGUAUUGCUUUUUCGCCUAUAUUCGAGUUUUAAGGUAGUGCAAUAUUUUUUUACUAUUUAACUGCAUUUGUCACAAAAUCUGCACCACCAUAUUUUUCUAUAUUUAUGUGGAUAAUUUAUUUUUAUACAGUAUUAAAACUUCCCUGAAAUUAUCUAUUUUAGGUAUUGACAAUGUUGUCUAUUAUUUAGAUAUCAUCUUCAAAUGAGAUGUUAUUUAUAUUUUUGUAAUACAGUAUCCAUUAAUAUUAGAAUAAAAUUAUACAUAAUUAGUAUAAGGAUUAUGAAAGGGAAUGUUACAUUUCUUUUCAAUUAAAAAUUAAAUUGACAAGCAAGGUGUUUGACAAGCGUUGCUGUGAAUUUCGCCAUCUUAAUUAAAAAAAAUAUUAUAUUCUCAAACACUAAUAGAUAUAAAGUUCAAUUUAGCUAUGUAGUUGGUUGAAAACAGAAUUUCCGAAAAAAUAUUUAUUUAUAUUAGAAAAACAAGAUUUUUUAUGGGAAACAUUUCUAAUCACAUUCGUAAGACUUAACUGAAUUAGAUAUUGAGUAUUUUUUUACUUGAUGAAUUUUCGCUUGUAAUAAACUCGCUCAAGUCUACUUUUUGCAUAUGGACAAUUUGCUCUAUAGUUAUAUUUCGAUCUAUCCCGUGCUGUGCAUUUGCACUGAAAAAAAAAGUAUGAAAAAUUCUAUUACAAACGCUUUAGGUAAAAUAUUUUAACAGAUUAUCACUGUAAAAUAGAAAUAAAGAAGAAAUUUUCAUUCAUCAUUUUCCUUCAGUUUCAUGCUCAACACUAAUAAAAAACCCUUUUUUAUAUUUUAUUUUUAUUUAGCGGGCCUGCUGGAAGAAAUUUCAAUAUGAAAUAAGAUGUUAUCGUUACAAUUACUUAACAAAAUUUUUAAUUUUAACAGAUAUUUUGAUACUGUACAAUAAGUCAUAACCAAUCAGCAAAGCUUGUCAAUCAAAACCUUAUAUUUAAGCAACACCAAAGUUGUUAUUAUGUUACUAAUUCCCUACUUUGAUUUUAUUUGGGAUCCAUACUAAAGACACAAUGAAUUUAUUUUUGGGUAAGUAACUUUUUAUAUUUGCGUGUUAAAACUGUAAUCAAAUUGCUCACAUCUUUUGCCCCAAAAAUGUCUAGUGAGAUUUUACUUUAAAGCUAUUGAAUUAUAUCGAUAUUAGCGCGUGUAAACAAUAACUUUUUAAAUCAUUAUUCCAUUUUACCCUUAACAAUGAUUGUACAUCCUGUAUCUAAGAAUAAUCUUAGGCAGUGGGUGGUAGAAUCAGCUCUAUUGUCAAAACUUUGAUACAAUUCCUUUACAAAAACCAAUUAUACCCAAGCCAAGUUAUAGAUUCCAAUCUAAUAAAUGCAUUAAAAGUAUGUUAUCAAAUUAACUGGAUGUACUUAAACACCCGAUUAUGGUGUCUUGACUGAUUGGAAAUAAUCUAUCUUUUGGUCACGCAGGAAAAUAUUUAUAUGUUUGUAACGGCCAUUGCAUUGCCUUACUUAGUUAUUGCUAUCCUGGAACUAGCUGUUUCAGUAAACCUUGGGCUUACUCUGCCAGAAGACGCUGACAAAAUGGAUUUGAAUCUUUUAUGUCAAAUACCAUUGGUUAUUGUAGUCCAAAGGAUCUUUUCCACCUUUAUAUACCAAAUAUAACGCCCAGCCUGUACAAUGGAUGUUUAGAAAACUUAAUUAUUGUAAUAACUAAUAAAAUAAUAAGUGAGUAGCAUGUUCAGUUUAUUGAAUUUCCAUUAUGAAUAUGUUUGUAACACUGUAUGUACAUAUGGACAAAUCGUGAAACUUGUCAGUUCGGUAAAGACACCUGGAUCAAGCAACUGUUUUAUUUUUGAUACCCGUAACUAGAGUAUAUUUAUUUUUUUACAUCUUAAUCAAAUAAUAAUGUAUCAAAUGUAAUUUAAUACAUCAAAUAUGCUUUGUAGGUCAUUAGUAGCUAAUACAGAAAAGAGUCGAUUAUUCUAAUCUCAGCUAUCCUAUAAAUAUAUAUUAUCUGAGCCCCAAGCAUGAAUUUUGUUUGUUCAAAGUUCCUACGAAAACUAAGCAGCGCCUCUACUGGACGUAUGAACAAACUGGCUCCUUUCAUACAAACUAAGACGACGACACGAUUACGGAUCUAUCAAAGACUGUGCUUGGUCGAAAGUUGUUUUUACAACCACGAAAACAAUAAUAACUUGCAUGUAUACAAAAAUGUUUUUUAAUGAAUAUAACCUUGGUUUUUGUUGAUUUUAAUAUGUAAUUGCUAUCAUUAACUUUUGUAUAGGUAACAGCAUUUGCACAUCAAUAUUUUAGAUUACAAACAAUCUUCAUUCUUUUUAGUAUCAAUAAUUAUGCGGAUGAAUUAUGAUGAUAAUUAGUUUUAAUUAAUCAAGCCUCAACUGUAUAAUAUCAUAUCCAUUUUCCAAAAUCAAUUUAAUUUCAUAUCUAUAAGGCCUAACAUUGUUAAUUGAUCUAAUCAUAAUAAAACGUGCUUUACUUAAUGUAUGUUUAAAGAGUAAGUAUAGAUAUUCUAUAUAUUAUUAACCUAUAAUUAUUAUCAAAUUAACUAUGCAUACUACUUAAUUUAAUUUUAUAUUUUUAUUAGUACCGUUAAAUCUUGGGUGCCAUUUUCAUUGGUUUCAUAAAAUUAAGGUAUUCUAAUGUAGGUGGUGGUUGAAAAUCUGUUGUAUGUUAGUUAGAGUACAUUAUAAUAAUGUAGCUUUGUCGUCAUGGUCCCGACCAAAGAGUUCUAUUUAGUCAUUGUAUUCAAUUUAGUUUUAUUAGAAGAAUAAUUGUAAUACGAUUAAGACGAUGACGAUGAAUAUUGUUUUUUUAAUUCAUUUGGAAAUUCCUAAAAAGUAGAGAUGCGCCGAAUAUUCGUAUUCGGUACAUUUGGCAUAUUUUUUAAAGUUCGUAUUCGGCCGAAUAUUCGGUUGAUGUGCCGAAUGAUUACCGAAUAAUUAAAUUAUUAUUAUUAUUUCAAAACAAUGUUUUCCUUUCAUAACUAAGUUUAAUUAAAAAGGUAUGGUUCAUUGUGAGAAUUGUUGGUGCACAGUUUUUAUAAAUGAAUACAUACAUAAAGUCACGCCUUUCUCCCACAGGGGUAACUAGGUAGAGAUUACUUCUUUCCACUAGCUACGAUCCUUACAUACAUCUUUCGCUUCAUCUACUCUCAUUACAGUCCUCAUACAUGCUCACCGAUUUCGGGUAGUUUUGACCUUUUAUAAAUUAAAGUCACACUUAUUUGUGUAACAAAUUUUUAUUGACAAUUUAGUUAUUAAAAUUACCAUUAAGAAGUCAGAAAAAAUAGUAAGUCUUAUUUAGUAAUAAUCAUGAAUUAAAUAUUUAUAAUUAUAAUAAGAACGCACCCGGCUCUUGUAAAGUGCAGCACGGACUUGUAUAAACCUAUUUGCCGCGCAAAACUGAACUGAACGCUACAUUUUGAACCGAAUAUUCUGCCGAACAUUCGUAUUCGAUUGAACCGACAUUCGGCGCAUCUCUAGUAAAAAGUAUGGGAGUGAUGAUUAUAACUGAUCUCAUGCUAACGCACUGCUUAAUGCUAUGAAUGCAGUAUUUUCGUAAAACAAACCUUUUUUGAACUUGCCUCUCGACAGUUAAUAUGUAAAGUAAUGUAUAAAAAACUUUAAUAUGUUAUACUGCUAAUCUGGACCAUAGUGCUCUAGUUAUAAAAUAAAGAAACAAUUUUAAAAUUGUUUUUCUUGAAAAUUUAUGUAUAUGGAGUAUUGUUAACAUUUCUUUCAUAUCUAAAAGUAUCGCCAAAGUAGAUGAUUCCAUACAUUCUUUCGAAAAUAUAUUUUCUAAAUCUGGGAGAAUACAAACGUUCUCGACCGAUUCCUCCUUGAUUUUUGUGACUAAAGAAUUUUAUACAUAAAAUAUAAUUUUACUCAUUCUAUGCUCCUAUCUUCUCUUCCUUUUUUCGGUCACUUGUAUUUUAAAGAAACUCGAAGCCCUCGAAAAAGGCCAUAAAUAAACAAUUUUUUAAUUCCACUAAACACGUCAAGUGUGGAGACAUAAUAAGCAUUUACAAAAACAUAUAGGCAUAGCUUCACUAGGUACUUCCUUUUUAUUCUUCGUGUAAAUUUUCUUUUACAUAUAUCUAAUUUUCGAGAGCGGAACCUCGAAUUUUGUAAUUUUAUACUCAAUUUUCCGCCUUAACUACUGUUGUCCCUAUCGCAUGGUAUUUGCCCAUGCGUGACAGCAAUAGUUUUUUCAAAUACAUAUUUCUCAAAUGUCUCUCAGCUCGCGACCGCUCUUAAUUAGGGCUCACUUGCAGCAAAUUUCCUAACUCUUGAUUCAACUAAAACGAGAUUUAACCCAUAGAAAAAUGACAAAAUGUAACUCGACGGAGAAGUUAUAAUUCCUCCUACCCAAGAAAAACAACAUUUUACACGAUGAAAAUACGGUUACGUCGCAUAAUAUUUGGUACCUAAUUUUUGAAUUUUUAGAAGGGCAUUGCACGUGAUAAGGAAAUACGCUAAAAGCUUUCUUUCUGAUUAUUAAAAAUAAAUACUUUAUAAGAUAGAAAUAGCUACGAAAUAAAUACCUUAUGUGACGUAAUAUACAUAAUUAAGAUUAAGCAAAACUUCUGCAAGUGGACCUACAUCAAAUUAAUAGUCAUAGAACUAUGAGUACAGUGGUAAGGACUCGUAUGUCAUCUCCUUUCGUGAUAGGUUUCUUUUUAUAAUUUUCAAAAAAUAUUAAGUAUUUGUUUAGUAUUUUACCAAGCUUACAUAAAUAUUUGUAGAUUAUUGGUUUGGUAAUACGUACAAAUUUAGGCCUAAAAGUUAAAAUCAUUGUCAAGCCUUUUAGUUAGUUAUUUUUCCAAAUUUAUUUCGAAAUCAUGAGUACUAGUUAUUUAUAAAAAAAAAACUUAUGUACUUAUUCAAUUAGUUAUUCAUUAUCUUAGGAAUUGAUCUUGUACGAGAAAAUCAUAUAAUUGUAUAUUUAAAAUGAUAAAUAAAACAAUUUAAAGAGGACAAUUGGUAAUUAACGAAGAGAAUUUAUAAAUAUUAAAAUGAAUUCCUCUUUAACUAUAUAAUUAAUUAUUAUACAACAUAUCUGGUGCACUUCACACUAACUUAAUGUAAUGUCAUAGACGUCCACUUUUUCUCUUUAUAAAUAAGUGAUUGACUGUAUCCAUCUUGUAGUUCGCAUUAGUUUUCGGUAACAAGUAUUUAUUUUUGUCAAAAAAAAAACUCAUAUCUUUUGAGGCAGUUAAUAUCAAGCUCAGGACCUCGAUGGCGCAGUGGCUAGCAUGUUCGGUUUCGAUUGUGGAAGUCGAGCAACUUUCACAAUGACCAGCCAUACGAUGGGUGAUCAUAAAGUAUUUUAUCUCGAACCCCUCAUUGCAUCUACAGUUGUACUCAAGCACCCACCAACCCGUACUGAGCCCGCGUGGUAGAUUAUAUAAAUUAUGGUAUCCAUUCUGGCAUGAUUCUCCAAAAUUAAAACUAAAUUUAACACCAGUCUCUUUUCUUUCUUAAAGAGAAUGACAAGGAUACACUGUUGUCAAAUUUAAGUUUAGGUUUAGAUUGUCAUGCCAGAAUCGACAGCUAUGUCCCUAUUCCUUCCAUUAAAUGCGGUAAUGCCUGUGUCCCAGCUGUGGGAACAUUAUCGGGCUAGUGAUGAUGAUGAAUAGCAAACAGGUGAUAAUGUUUUUACGCUAAAAUAACACUAUUCCGAUAGUUUAUGAGCAUGCCGGCACCGUUCUUGUUAAAGCCAUCUGAGGUUCCAUUCCUAAUCAGGAAAAUCGAGAAAAUCUUUUUUAAUCUUGAAUCUAGGUGAGUCGUUAAAAAAAUCUUAUUUUAUACCACAACUGUUUUAUCUAUUCAUCUCUACAAACUAAUAACAUUGAAUGAUAUAUGAUUCUGCUAAAUAUCUGUUUUAUAGCAAGAUGAAAUGCAGCUUUUAUAGCGCUAGUAAUUUACAAAUGCGGAAUAAAUUUAACAUCAAUAAACAAGUCAUUGUAAACUCUUUAAAAGUGUCGGUUUUUUUACCGACAAUGACAAAUUUACAAUGCAGGACUUAUUGUUAUGAAGAUCGCACGUAUUAUCAACGAUGCGGUAGGACAAAUUAAGGCCCGUAUUACAGAAGGACAACUAAGUGUUGAUCUUUACUUAGUGCCGCUAUGUGCUAUAUAUAGCGACAUCCCUUUCUAACUGUGCUCAAGACUAGAUCAACACUGAUAAUCUUUUUAUAAUACGGGCCUUAAAGUAGGUAACGGUUGAAAAUACCUUUGCUCAGAAUCAAGUCUAUCUGGUUCGUGAUAUAUGAAUUAGAGAUACUUACAUAGUUCUAAAUCUUCUACAUUUUAUACUAUAGUACAAAAGUUUCAUACUUUAUAUACUUAGUCGGUAGUUAUCUGCUUACAUUAUUAAAUUUGACAAUAUAGAAUAAAAUGUACACUUUAUGCACUAAAAUGUAGAAAGUUUUAAUCUAUUACAUUGUAACUCAAGCACUUUGGCAAAACUUAGUUUCACCAAAAUUUCCUUGCCCCAAGCCAAUGUACAUUAAAUAGACAUUAUUAAUAAUUAUUAUGAUAAAAGCAUACAUAUUGUGAUUGUGAAUUAAUUAUAAAUGCAUUAGCAUAAUUUAAUAAAUGGGGAUAUUGAAGACAACACAUACUCCUGCAUUAUUGUAGCCUGUAUAACAAAAACUAGUACCUACUCUGGCUUUUCUUCUUCCAGUGAUGGCAAAAUCUUAUGAGGAAAGAAAAAUGUAUCAUCAAAAACUCGUUUUCUGCUACAAAGAUACAGUUGUAUGUGCUUUCACCCCAAAUGGAAUUGGACAGAGCUUGCCCACAAACUUGUUGUCUAGUACUAAAGGAAUAUUUUCAUACUGCCUCACAGACAUUAUAUUUAAAAUAUUUAGAUAGUUUUACUAUGAAUAAUUCACUGUAUUUGUAGAUUACAAUUAAAGUUAUAAUCUGUUAAUGUUUAUUAUGAAAUAUAAAUUAGUGGAAGCUGUAAACAGGACCACAAAGUAAUAUUUUAUAAAGCUUUCUGUGGUGUUAAUGUUGCAUUAAAACAGUCAUCUAUUUUUCUAUAUCGAAAACAUUUGAAAUAAAACUUUCAAUGUGGAUUUAUUAUUUUGAAAUUUUUAUGUCAUCUUGCUAAGCAAUCCAAAAAAUUGAUUAUUUUCAUACAUUCAGUGGUAAAUUAUUAUAAUGGGAUGGGGACUUCACUUGGCUAUUCGUAAACUUGAAAACAGUCUGUCCUUAUUAUCAGGGCUUGUAAGCGGUUUUUAGUAAAAUAAAAGCGGUACCAAAAACCUUAAUGAAUCGGUUUAAUCCAGAGCGACACGUGCACGCGUCGGCAUCGCUUAUGUUUGUUUUGUUUGAUUGAACUAAUCAAGUCACAAUUUGUUAAUGCUCAGAGAUUGAUGCAUUUAUUGACACGUUUGAUAACGUCUAGUGAGUCAAGUUAUUCAUUUUGUAGUUGUGUACUGGCACACCACUCACUCGCUCUGUAGUUGGAAAGAAACUGACAUAAAAUCAUUAUAAAUUUGAAUUGAAACGGCGAAGGCGAUACUGGCAGUAAGAGCGAAAUGAAACAUUUUAAAAAUGAAAAACCUAUUGAUUUCGCUUUUUAGGAAAACCGGGUUUUUUAAGGUUAAGGUAGAGCCAAAUCUAAAUAAAACGCUCCUGAUGUACUUGAUACUGAUUUAGGUUUGAAAAUUAACAGGUAAACAAGCCCUGCUUAUUAUGUGGAAUGAAAAGGACAGACUGAUGACAAGCCCCUUAUUCACUUGGAAACUUGAGUUUCCAAGUGAAUAAGGGGCUUGCAUAAAAACAACAAUAAUAAAUGUCAAUUUUAAUUUUCGCUCUUUUAUAUUUAUCUUUCAAUUAAAAUUUGUUAUUGAACUACCCAAUAUGGCAGACAUUUUGAAAAUGUUUAAGAAAUUUUAAAUACCCAUAGGAAGGUUUAUUUCAACAUUGAAUAAAUGAAACAAUAUCUGUAAUGGAAAUAUGAUUUCUACAUAAUAUUAAAAGGAAAUUGUUGCUUAAAAGAUUAGGGUGUGUAAAAAAUAAAUACAUUGUUGACAUUGCUUAUAAAUUAUUUUAUUUCAAGGCUUUUAUUAAUUAAUUUUCAUUUUAGUAAAAACAAUAUCUUUAUUUGACCAAAGCCACAACAACAAUAAAUAUAUUGUGAUAAAAUCACUUUACAUUAACAUCUGUUAAUGUAGGUGCAAUUAUAGGUCCUUUGCCUAGUACAACCAAUGGACUUCCCUUGUAGCAAGCUACCUUUUCUCUGUUUGUCUUCAAAUCUGGUGCACAGGUUUCAAAUAUUUUUUUCUUAGGAUUAAGUUGUACUUCAGGUGUUCGAGGAUAUCCUUCACAUGUGACCAAAUCCCCUGGAAUAGCUCCAUUGGGAGGUAUUAAAACUUCUACUUUCUCAGGAGAUGAAGCACACAUCACCAUUGCUUCUGAUGUUACUCCACGCAU